UUAGAGAGAGCAUCACACAGCAUCCGAACGUCGCAGCGAGCACAUCUCAGCACGCAUCUUACGCACUCACAGAACGAGAAAAAUAUCUACAAAAUCCAAAUGUCGACCAUCAGCAAGCAGAAGAACUUCAACACCAUGUACAAGUCCAAGGUUUCGCCCUCCCGCCGCCUCAAGAAUCUACUGAAGCCCCUUCUGGGGCAUGUCUUUAACCUGAAGAAGGAGCAGCAGCCCAAGCGGAGCUCCUACAUUGCCUCCGAGGAGAAGGAGUCCGAGUUCGAGUGGCUGAGCAACGACAUGGACAACAUGGCCAACGAGCAUCUGGAGAACCGCCUGCUCGACGAGAUUCGGCAGUGCGCCAAGGAGGAUGCCGUCAUCGUCUACAACGAGAACGGUUCCGGUGAACUGCAGCACAUGGACCAGGAGGACUACUACGUUCCGGUUCACUUUGCUCGGACCAAUGCCGGCACCUUCUUUUGGACCUCCAUCCAGCCCAAGGCCUGCGAACCCUACGCUAUCGAGUGGAACUUCCUGGACCGUUGGGCUCAAGCCUGAACUAAUCCUCUGGAGCUUCCUUGGGACAUUCGCGACCUUGAACACUAAUGGGGUUUUUCAACUUUCGCUUGGGACAACUUCACUGGACCUGUGUACUGGAGCUCGGUUCUCCAGCGGGAUGGGUACUCCAGAGUUUGGGCACUUCGACUUUGGGUUUCAUCGGACUAGGACGGCGCGCUUCUGGGAUUUUCCGACUCUCUGGAAAUUCCCAAAGAAGCAAAUUGGGUAACCACUGCGGUGGCGGGAGGUAUUCCAAACAAUUAACCCAUUUUUUUGCUUUGCCAAAAUGGGUUUUAAUUGUUAUGUAUUGGAAAAGAAAUUUGUUGUUGUUAACAAAAACUAAAAUAAACAAUGAAAACUUA